AUCGAGGGUGCCUCGAUCGAGAAUGCAAUGUUCGCAAGAAGUGCGUUUCUCUAAUGUGCCGAAGGCUGUGAUUCUGGCCCGAAGGAGCCAUGCUUUGUGAAGCCAGACUGUUCAGCAUGACGUGUGGUGAAUUGGAGGAGCUGGAUUCCCCCCUUCCUCAGAAAGCUCCCCGGGGUACUUUCGGGCUGCCGAGAGCAGCUGCCACCCUGGUGCCAGCCUCCGUCAGACACGCGCCACUCGUUCAUCACAACUCCCCCGAGCUGACAGGUUGUUUGCUCAACAGGAGCGAUUCAGCCGAGUUGUACAUUUCCCCGCUGCAGUCCUUGGAUGGCAGACAGAUCUCCCCGCAGAUAGAGAUCCCGGCUCAGGCUCGCUCAGUUGGCGACGCCCCUUUCCUGGUUCCCUCCUCCUGUCAGAGCAUCUGCCAAAAUUACAGCGACCUCCACAUCGGCGGCGACCAGGUGCUGCCGCUCUCGACUAACGAUGGAGAGCUCCGGCUCUGCGCCGCCCCCCAGGCCGUGGGCCCUUUCCUCCAGUCCUGCGAUGUCCCCCCGGCUGUGGAGGAUUCUCCCCCACGAAAGACAUCUAAUGGAGGGCUUCUGCUCCCACCAAGGGGAGGAUCACACCGCUGGAGACUGGGGAGCGCUCGUGAUCGGAGCUUUUUGUUCCAGGGCGGCGAGGGUCCCUUCUCCAACUCUCUGCUUAAUCACUACCUGGAGCAGAAACUGUUGGAUUUGUACCAGCAAUACAUGAUGGAGAACAUGGCCAGGGAAGGGGCCCCAGGCGUGGGUUCUGACCAUGGCGCCAUUUGCCCUCUGCUGGGCUCAGAGCUGGUGCUGACCAGCCUGGACCAGAUAACUUUGCAGCUGAGUCGGGAAGGGAACCUGGAGGCCGGCCUGGCCAAGGACAUGGUCCUCAGCUGCCUUCUGCGGGUGGCGGGUGACAUGCAGUCAAGUGAGAUCAGCACUCCCUUUCUGCAAAUAUCCAACGAGGCAUCCAGGGAGCAUCCCACAGGGAACAAAGGGGAGUAACCCCAGUGUCAAAAAAAUACCCCAAAAUACCCCAAUACCCCAUUUCUAUUUGUAUCAUCCUCAAAAUAAAAUGAAACUGUAUCAUUUGUUUUAUUUUCAUGAUAUGAUUACGUUAUAUCAAAUGGUGACCAAUUGUGUGUGUCCCCUUUCUAAAAGCACAAUAAAAACAGGAUCUGAAUAUUGAAA